CUCUCACUCAAAAUGCCGACCCCUGCCUAACGAAAGGAUGUGUCACGGCCGCUGCAAACCUAAUCAACUCCAUGAAUGAGAAUAUUGACCCUUGUGAAGACUUCUUUGAAUUUGCAUGCGGAGGAUUCCUAAAUAAAACCAUCAUUCCCGAUGACAAAACGACCAUUUCACGCUUCAAUGAAAUCUCAGACGAGCUUCAGCAGAAAUUGCGAGGCUUGGUAGAUGCAGAAGCAGCUCCCAAUGAACCUGGCUUCUCUCAGAUGGUCAAGAAUCUGUACAAGUCAUGCAUGAAUACUACUAAAAUCAAGGAGCAAGGCCUGGCACCUUUGAAGGACAUCUUGCGUCAGAUGGGAGGAUGGCCUGUGUUGGAGGGCAAUGCCUGGGACCCCUCUGGCUUUGAUUGGACUACCAAUGUCUACAUCAACAGACAGCUUGGCUACUCCCUUGAUUAUAUAUUUGACUUUUCAGUCACAACCAACAUCAGAAACUCAUCAUGGCGUAUAAUUGAUAUUGACCAGCCACCUCUGGGUAUGCCCUCCCGGAAGUAUCUGCUAAAGGGAUUCAAUAACAGUGACGUGCAAGCGUACUACAACUAUCAGAUCAGCAUGGCAGUGCUACUUGGUGCUGACCGAGCCAGAGCAGAGAGGGAGUUGAAAGAGUCCCUUGAAUUUGAGAUUGAGAUUGCUAAUUAUUCUUUGCCUAAGGAGGAGCGCCGUAAUGCCUCAAAGCUGUACAACAAGAUGACCAUUGGAGAACUUCAAGCCAAGGUGCCAGAGAUCCCAUGGCUGGCAUACAUCAACAACGUCCUUGCUCCCUUCUUUAGGGUGACUGCUGAGGAACCUGUGGUAGUGAAUGUUCCAGACUAUGUCAAAAAUCUCGGCCAACUGCUCAACAGGACUCCUAAAAGAGUGAUUGCUAACUACAUGUUGUGGCGAGCGACAGCAGCCUCAAUAGCAUAUCUGUCAGAGGAUGCAAGAGAUAUACAGCUUGAGUAUUCAAGAAAACUGGUUGGGAAGGAAACCCGGGAACCUCGCUGGAAAGAAUGUAUGGGUACAAUUUCUAGAAGUCUGUCUCAUGCUGUUGGGUCCAUGUAUGCACGCAAGUUCUUCAAAGAGGAUGCAAAAUUAGCUGCUGAUUCCAUGGUUGUUUUCAUUCGUAAUGAAUUUGAGAAAAUCUUGAAAACGCUGGACUGGAUGGAUCCACUCACUCGAGAGAGAGCACUUGCAAAGGCCAAGGCCAUCACCCCUCACAUAGCUUAUCCUCCUGAACUCUUAAUGGACCACAAGUUGGCUGAGUUGUAUGAUGGGCUGGUAAUUUCAGAUGGUGAAUUGUUGGAAAACAUGAGGAACUUGACUAUCUUUGGAACCGACUAUUCUUUCAAGCGUCUACGAGAAAAGGUCAAUAAGAAAGAUUGGAGGAAUCAUGGAGCUGCUGCUGUUGUUAAUGCUUACUACAGUCCUCUGGAAAACUCAAUACUACAGGAUGCCAAUGUCUUCACCCCUCGCAAGCCCUCACUGUUGCUGUCCACCUCUGAGUCAAGGACAUCAUCAUCCACUGCUUCCACGGGAUCGUCCACAUCCUCUUCUGGUACUACAUCUUCCACUGGUGGUCGACAGUUUGAUGCAAAUGGAGAUCUGAAGGAUUGGUGGGAGAAGGAGACUCAGAAUAAAUUCCUUAAAAAGGCAGAGUGCAUCAUCCAUCAAUAUGGGAACUACUCUGCCCCAGAAGUAAAUCUUAAUCUGAAUGGCAUCAACACUCAAGGAGAGAACAUUGCUGACAAUGGAGGUAUCAAGGAAGCUUAUUUUGCCUACCAGGAGUGGGUGACUCGUUAUGGAGAAGAGAAAAGUCUUCCUUCCCUCCCUUACACACCAAAGCAGCUCUUUUGGCUCUCUGCUGCCAAUGUCUGGUGCAGCAAGUAUCGUCCAGAGACACUCAAAUUGCGUAUACUAACAGGCGCUCAUUCUCCUGCAAGAUUUAGGGUGAAUGGACCUUUCAGCAAUGUUAAGGAAUUUGCUGUAGACUGGAAUUGUCCAGCUGGGAGUAAACUGAAUCCUUCUAAAAGGUGCUCUGUCUGGUAACUUCUUUUGUUAUGUUCUGCCUCUCCUAUCACCUCUGAGGUGCUGCUUUGCUUUGCUUCACGAGGCAAUGCAAUUACCUUCUUUAUCAAAACACCGUCCCACACAUUCAGUCCUGCUUAGAAGAAUGGUGAUUUUUUCCCCAAGAGAAAGAUUUUAAGUUUCCUUUUAGUCAGGUCUACAUUUUUUAGAAAAUAUGUAAAUUUUAACGGAAGAAAAGAGUAACAGGUUGAUAUAAUUAGAGGGUAACAGUGUAAUUAUGAGAAAAAUGAUGCCACCAUCAUGACCUCUUUAUGGAUAAUGGAAAGUUGUGUAGAGCUCAUUAACUCAGCUUAAUUGAGCAUUGGCUUUGGUCUCAUUGCUGCCACAAGGAGAUACCACAUGACCUCCAUGAUCCUGAGUUGGCUAAGGAAGGCAGAACUGCUAUCAUUGAAAUCCAUAUUCCAUUUUUUUUUUUUUUUUGUGUGUGUCUGUGUGUGUGUGUGUUUGUGUUUGUGUGUGUGUAAGAGAGAUGGAGAAAGUGAAUGUGUAUUUGACAUGAUUGUUAAUUGUGAACAGUCUUCUUCCCACUUUAUGAUCACCUUCCUUUUAUUUUCAGUAACAUUGAAAUGCUGAGUUUCUAUUUUUUUAAGUAUUUAUAUGGUAUAGUACCUUCCAUUUUCCAAGAAUGAAAGAUUGUCAAGGAGAAAUUUUCAGUUUUAUAAAAAUUAAAUGUUUUAAGACUUGUUUAGGUGGGCUGAUCUGAACAAGGUGCUGGACUGAAGACUGUGUAGCAAAUAUAGUAUAAAUAUUUAUGUGCAACUUCUUGCAGAACUUAAACUUUCACAUUUUUACUAUCAACUCAUGACAGGUAAGGUUCCUUUCAUUAUUGUUUUGCAUUUAACUUUUAUUUUUUACAAGACUUUUUAUAUUUUUAAAUCACUGAUGUGCAAAUGUUUUUAAGCUUUUCAACCUAUCUCUCCAUUACCUACUGCAUUCAUCAGGGCUACCUCGUUCAUCAACAAACUUUUGUGGCAGACACAAACUCUGUGGUGUCUGGAAUGCAUAGGGUACUGGACAAAAAUGCCCAUUCACACACAUAUAUAUAUAUAUAUAUAUAUAUAUAUAUAUAUAUAUAUAUAUAUAUAUAUAUAUAUAUAUAUAUAUAUUUAUAUAUAUAAAAUGUGUGUGCAAUUGUGCAAAAAUGCUGCAGCUUCUUAAGGCAGCAGUUGAUGCAUGUUCAUUGCCUGCUGGAGCCUUGGUUACACACACUAGUGAUGAUCCGUGCUGAUCCAACCAAGGCACUGUGAUCUUCCUUUCGCUGAGAAUCAUCCCUUCCCAUGUCAUCAGACACGCACAUGCUUCCUCUGGUAUGACAAUAUUUGCCAUGUCAUCUUGGAUAUUUUAAUAUGAAGAGUGCUAUUUUUGGAAGUGAAACUUAGUAUAAGAAAAGUUAUAUAAGUCACAAGCAUUAGUUUGGUAGCUGGGACAGUGCACUGUGUAUUAAGGACUAUAAUAAACAUUGAAAGAUUACUAUUGUACAGUGUAUUGUAAUGAAUAAAGUAUUUGUGAGGA